AUGGCUAAAAACAACAAAAAUAAAAAGAAGCAGAACGGCAACGGUGCUGCGAGCUCCAACGGAUCUGCAGGAGGAGCUGGUGUUGGUGAGAAAAGCCAAAAGGCAGACGUUGCGAACGUUGUUGAUUCUCCCGAUGAUAGUACUGUUGAUUCUGGUCUUGGUGAUACUGAUGUGCCGUCUGGUGGUGUUAAUGGGAGUGUGGAUGAGAAGGAUCGCGAAAAAGACGACGAAAAAGACAGUGAAAAGGACAACAAUGUGGUGGAAACUAGCACAAUAAACGAGACUGCAGAUCCAGCAAAUGUGCCGGAACCUUCUGAUCAUUUGAAUUUGGCGGCUUCUUCAGCCCAGCUCGAAAGAAUCCAACUCCUCGAACAACAGCUCGCACAGCUCUCGCUACAGCUCGCUGAAAAGAGCCAAGAAACAGAUUUAUUGCGCGCAUCCAAAGCAGAAAGAACCAGUGAUACCAACACUACGAUACGAGAACUCCAGGAGCAGCUCCGGGAUAAAACCGAGGAGAGUGAAAGACAUGAGGCCGACUAUAAAAACCUUCUGGGCAGGCUCAGCUCGAUGAAAUCCGUAUUCAGCAAGAUGAAGGAGGCACAGUCAGAAUUGGAGGAGUCUAAAGAGCGCAUAUCGCAGCUGGAUACUAUAAAUGGUGAGCUCACAGCGCGAUUGGACGCUUCUGUCAGAGAGACCAAGAAGGUCAAAGAUCAGUUAGCGGAGUUGCAGGAAGAGACAAACAGCUUGAAUAGCGAGUGCGAUAGGUGGAGCAAAGAUCUUUCUAAGCUUAGAAGGGAAUUUCAGACGAAAGAUGACGAAUGGAAUGAAGAAAAGCAGCAGUUGGUGAGCUCCCGGAACAAGCUGUUGAUCGCGAAUCAGGAGCUCAAAUCCGAGCAUGAAGAGCUCGUGAUCAUGCUGAACGAAGAAAAGAUGACAAAACAGAAUUUUGUUCAAGAAAUCUCAGAUUUGAAGGCAACGGUUGCCCAGCUAGAGGCCAAUGCUGCUUCCAGUGACGGAGUCAAAGAUGCGAUAUCUGAGCAGAUCCUCCAGGUGCGCGAGCAAUUGAGGGAGUCUAUUGAGAAAUACGAAUCUGAAAUUUCGCUCUUGAAAGAAACUAUAGUCUCACAGAAGGCUGAAAUAGCCCAGAAGGCUGAAGCUCGUCAAGUCGACGAAGCUACCAUAGCCCGGUUGGAAACAGAGGUUGCCCGUAUCUCUGGGUUGGAAUCGGACAUCAAGGAAAGACAAAUUCAGAUUGGAAAGCUGAGACACGAGAAUGUGGUUUUAAACGAACAUCUCACCAAGGCCUUAAGGCUGAUCAAAAAAGACUCCAAUACCGAGCAAGUGGAUCGUGAAUUGGUUUCAAAUCUGUUCAUAAGCUUUCUGAGUCUCCCCAGAGCGGACACGAAGAAGUUUGAAGUUUUACAGUUGAUUUCCAACUUUUUGAACUGGGAUGACGAUAAGAAGAUGCAUGCUGGGUUGAUUGCGAACCCAAACGCUAAGAGUGCGAAUGGCAAACACUCGAGAACUCCUAGCGCCAGUAAUAUUUUGAUGUCGGGGGGUCCCGUGGAUACCCGAUCAGACUCGUUUGUUUCACUUUGGACUGAGUUUUUGGAGAAAGAGACUAGUUAA